AACCCUCAAGAAAUCUUAGACUAACAAUUCAUGCAUCAAGAUUCCUUGCCAUAAAUAUUAGCUCAUGAUCUUCAUCCUCUCAACCCAAAACAACAUAUCUUAAAACCCCAAAUUCAAAAAAGAAAGAUCGUUGUUAGAGAUUGCAGUCCAGUUUGUGAGAUGGGAAAUUGCGUGUUCAAAGGAUUAGGAGAAAUGGAAGAAAUGAUCAAAGUGGUUACUUCAAACGGGGGAAUAAUGGAGCUUCGUGCACCCAUCACAGCUGAAAACAUAACCAACGAGUUCCCAGGCCACGCCAUAUAUAGCACACGUGACUCUUUCUCUCAACCUCUUCUACACAACGAAGAGCUUCAGUCAGGUCACUUAUAUUAUCUCCUCCCACUCAACGGCAAAUUCACAAGGCAAAACACCAAUCUAUCUUCCUCUUCGUCAUCUUUAGUAACACCGUAUCGCAUGUCGCUAGAUAAUCAACAGAUAUUAAAGAGAAGCGAGGCUGAAGUGUUACCAAGGCACAACAGCAAUGGUGUUUGGAAGGUUAAGCUAGUGAUAAGUCCAGAGCAGUUGGCAGAGAUAUUGGCACAGGAGGCUCGAACAGAAGCAUUAAUUGAGAGCGUGAGGACAGUGGCUAAGUGUGGUAAUGCAGUCUCUUCUUCGGUGGCUAAUUCAGAUCAGCGGAGUGUGUCCAGUAGUUGGAAGGGAUUGGCAAAGAAACAUGGUGCGGGUACUUAGUGAGAACAUCUUUUUUUGUAUGUGUAGUAAAUUAAUAGGUAUAAUGUCUAGUAAUUAACAAUAUUACAUGUGAAUUGAAUUGAAGUAUUAUCUUAAGAAA